ACUACUUGGUCUCAGGAUCAUUACCGAACCUUUGAUGGGAAAAUCUACAGCUUCCAUGGUUCCUGUCACUACUUGCUGCUAGAUGAUGCCGCAGACAGCACUUUUCAAAUUCAUAUAAUGAAUGACAACGACUGCACUCCAGCGAUGGCAUGCAGCAGGUCGUUGGCAAUUUACAUCUCCAGUGUUGAAGUAAUUCUGCAAAAAUCUGACGAUUCUCCAGUGGUUCUUAGAAAUUCUGAGCUUCAAAUUCUGCCAACUGCAUUUGAUGGCUUGGAAAUUGAGAUGAUAUCUAGUUAUGUCAUAGUGCGCAGUAGCUAUGGAUUCGAUCUGCGUUGGGACGGGGAGGAAGCAUUUUACAUCACUGCAGGUUAUGAGUUAUUCACCAAAACAAAGGGUCUCUGUGGAACGUACACCGAUGAUCCAGAAGAUGACCUUAUGAUGCGAGAUGGCACCAUCUCACAAUCACCGACAUCUUUUGCUUCUGAAUACACCAUGAACCCAGAGGAUUGUGUAGCAAUGAGUCAAGCUUCUUACUGUAAGUUGGUCACAUCACAUGAUAUUGAACGUUCUGAUAGAGCUUUAAACCUUUGUGAACCAAUCAGAUCGGGGGCUGAGUUUAGCGCAUGUCAUCUGCUUGUAAAUUUCAAGCCUUAUUACGACGCUUGUAGAGAAGACGUCUGCAAUUGUGAUUUAUCACGGUCUGACUGUGCUUGUAAUGCAUACGAGGCAUACGCCAGGGAGUGCGCAAGGAAGCAAGUUUUUGUGGAGUGGAGAACACAGGAACGAUGUCCGCUGUCUUGUCCAUCUCAGAUGGUUUAUAAACAGUGUGGCACAUCGUGUCCUUUGACUUGCAAGAGUACUACUUAUGAUUGUAUUGACGACCAUUGCAUUGACGGAUGCCAUUGUCCAGAUAACCUGGUUCUUAAUAACAACGCAUGCGUAGAACCUUCCCAAUGCCCAUGCACUUACCAAAAGAGAGAAUAUUCAGCUGGAUCAACCAUUUCUAUUGACAACGGCUGCAACACAUGCGUUUGUGACGGGGGUAACUGGGAUUGUACAGACACUAUUUGCCAAGCAACAUGCUCUGCUGUUGGCGACCCUCAUUAUGUGACAUUCGAUGGACAGCAUUAUAACUUCGUUGGAGACUGUAGUUAUGUUCUUGUAGAGAGCUGUGAUGGUCUUAAUACAGAUUACUCAAUCCAGGUGGAAAAUACAAAAUGUGGACUCCAAGGUUACUCAUGUACCAAGUAUGUGAUAGUCAACGUGGGAGCAACACGGGUAAAAAUGAGACAGAAUCACAUUGUAUCGGUGAAUGGAGAAGACAUAGAUGAGCUACCGCACUCUGCACCCGGAGUCUUUAUUGAACAAUUAUCAUCCAUAUACCAAAGGGUCAUAUUAGACAAUGGUUUCAUAGUUUUAUGGGACGGCUUUGUGCGAGUAUAUGUUACAGCGCCAUCAAGCUUUUUCGGGGAUCUUAAAACGUGCGGCCUGUGUGGCACAUUCGAUCGUAAACAAGGAACUGACUUCAGGACGAGAGCUGGAGAUAUCGAAAAACAACCUUCAAGUUUUGCGGCCAAGUGGGUAAUAGAGGGCUCCUGUCCAGCGAUAUCAAACACUCUGGACGCUGCAAGUCCUUGUGAUAUCUUUUCGCACCGAAAACUAAUGGCCCAGCAAACCUGUACAAUCUUGAAGGCGGCCCCUUUCGAUGCUUGUCAUCACGUUGUUGGAGUGGAUCAAUACUUCGAAGACUGUAAGUACGACGUUUGUGCUAACACAGACGUUAAUAUGUUCUGUGCAAGUUUAGCCGUCUACGCUGAUGCGUGUGCAAAAAUGGGGACCCCGAUUGAUUGGCGGUCACAGAUAACCGAAUGUGCAAUUGUAUGCGAAGGAGAUCAAAUCUACCAGGAGUGUGGGUCAGCAUGUGAAACAAGCUGUGCUGCUCUUACUGCAAAAGUGUCUUGUCAAGAGGAAUGUAUCGCAGGAUGUAGUUGUCCGAAUGGGCAAGUACUUGACCAAUAUGGCCGCUGUAUAGCUUUCAGCAGCUGCCCAUGUGAAUACAACGGCCGGUAUUACAACCCGGGGGAAAAUAUUAGACAAGGAUGUCAGAGUUGCAAGUGUAAUAAUGGUAUUUGGCAAUGCACGGAGAAUACUUGCUCUCCUGAUGAACCAGUAUGCGGGGAAAAUAUGGAGUUUGCCGAAUGCCGUGAACCAUGUCCUCUGACCUGUGUAAACCUAGAUGAAAUAGAUGCAGCAUGUAAUACUGUAAAGUGCGAGCCUGGCUGUCAGUGUGUCGGGGACUUCGUCUUUGACGGUGAUCAAUGCGUUAGAAAAGAGGAUUGUCCUUGUUACCAUGGAGACAGGAGCUACCGGAAUUGGGAAACAAUCAUGAUGGAUUGCAACCAAUGUGUCUGCAAUGGUCGAAAAUGGGAAUGUGAAACAAAAACCUGCCCAGGCUUAUGUACUGUCUAUGGCGAAUCACAUUACACAUCAUUUGACUCUAGACAAUUUGAGUUCCAAGGAGAGUGUACAUACACCAUGGUUCAGAGUACGUCUGAUUCGCAUAUCGAAUUCUCCAUUAAGUCUCAAAACAUCUUAUGUGGAUCCACUGGCGUAACCUGUACAAAAUCCAUAAUUUUCAACGUUGGAUCUGGUGUCGAUAAAGAAACUGUUGAGUUGGUUCGUGGAAAAACUCUUGAACUCCCGAGGAAUUCACAUUUCCAUAUGCAUGAUAUUGGAAACUACAUCUUCAUCACAAUUCCCGAAGGAGUUACGUUGCAGUGGGACAGGGGUACAUUAAUGUACAUAAGACUUAGUCCAGAACAUAGUAAAAAUGUAACUGGUCUUUGUGGCAACUUCGACAGUGAUCAUGUGAAUGAUUUUGUUACAUCUUCUGGCGGACCACCAGUUGCCACAGCCACUGAAUUUGGAGACAGUUGGAAGGUGCGACAGUCUUGUCCACUGACACAAGAGAUCAACAACACUUGUUCUUUAGUACCACAUAGAGAGGCAUGGGCUGUUAAGAAGUGUGCAAUUAUCAAGUCAGACAUAUUCCAGGCUUGUCAUUUUGAGGUUCCUUAUGAAAACUAUUACCAGAGAUGUGUGUACGAUGCAUGUGGAUGUGACUUCGGUGGAGACUGUGAGUGCUUGUGUACUGCAAUCAAAGCGUAUGCACACGAUUGUGUACUACAUGGUAUUGAGGUCGACUGGCGAUCCAAUGAACAUUGCCCAAUGCAAUGCGAUGGAUGUGGCCAAUGGGCGCCCUGCACGACUCCUUGUCCAAAAACCUGUGACAAUUAUUGCUGUGACAAUGAAUGUGAAAUUGAUGGAUGCGUUGAAGGAUGCGAAUGCGAUGAUGGUCAUGUGCUUGAUCCGACCAGCAGUCGAUGUGUACCAAUAGAUGAGUGCCGAUCAGAAUGCACUUGCACUACCACAACAGUGACAAAAACAAGCUCAAUAAGCACGACACUACCAACCCCAUCAAUUAUUACAACUUCAGGGCACAGUACGACACCACCGACAAGUGCAGAGCCACUAACCACGAUACUAACAAUACCAGGAACUAUUACGACUAUAUCAACAACACCAACAUCCAAGACCCCAACACCUACUACAGAAUCUCCCUGCGAUGGAUGCUGGAGUGAGUGGAUAGACACGUGGAAGUCCAGUCCUAACAAUGGUGGUGAUUUUGAGAUUUUGGAAAACAUCAGGAUAGAUUAUCGAGUCUGCAGAAUGCCCUAUGAAAUUGAAUGUAGAGAAAAAAACUUCAAAAUUCCAUACCAAAGUACUGGUCAACACGUAACCUGCAACACUAAUGAAGGAUUGAUGUGUCUGAAUAGGGAUAAUUCUGGAGUAGGUUGCUACAACUAUGAAAUUAGAGUGUGUUGUCCUUGUAAUUUGACCACAAUUCUACCAACGACGCCACUGCCAAUAACAACCACACCAACAGUGCAGCCAACAACUACUCUAACGGUUACCACAACCGAAGAACCAACUACUACGCUUACGUCAACAGUGCAGCCAACAACUACACCAACAGUUACUACAGCCGAAGAACCAACUACUACGCUUACGUCAACAGUGGAGCCAAGAACUACACCAACAGUUACCACAACCGAAGAACCAACUACUACGCUCACGUCAACAGUGCAGCCAACAACUACACUAACAGUUACCACAACUGAAGAACCAACUACUACGCUCACGUCAACAGUGCAGCCAACAACUACACCAACAGUUACCACAACCAAAGAACCAACUACUACGCUCACGUCAACAGUGGAGCCAACAACUACAACAAGAGUGACCACGACUGAAGGACCAACUACUACGCUCAUGUCAACAGUGCAACCAACAACUACACCAACAGUAAUCACAACUGAAGAAUCAACUACUACGCUCACGUCAACAGUGCAGCCAACAACUACACCAAUUACCACAACUGAAGAAUCAACUAUUACGCUCACGUCAACAGUUCAACCUACAACUACACCAACAGUGACAAUAACUGAAGAACCAACUACUACGCUCACGUCAACAGUGCAGCCAACAACUACACCAACAGUGACCACAACUGAAGAAUCAACUACUACGCUCACGUCAACAGUUCAACCAACAACUACAUCAACAGUGACAACAACUGAAGAACCAACUACUACGCUCACGUCAACAGUGCAGCCAACAACUACACCAACAGUGACCACAAAUGAAGGACCAACUACUACGCUGACGUCAACAGUCCAGCCAAGAACUACACCAACAAUUACCACAACCGAAGUACCAACUACUACUCUCACGUCAACAGUGCAGCCAACAACUACACCAAAAGUUACCACAGUUGCAGAAUCAACUACUAUGCUCACGUCAAUAGUGCAGCCAACAACUACACCAACAGUUACCACAACUGAAGGACCAACUACUACGCUGACGUCAACAGGGCAGCCAACAACUACACCAACAAUUACCACAACUGAAGAACCAACUACUACACUCACGUCAACAGUCCAGCCAACAACUACACCAACAGUGACAACAACUGAAGAACCAACUACUACGCUCACGUCAACAGUGCAACCAACAACUACACCAACAGUGACAACAAUUGAAGGACCAACUACUACGCUGACGUCAACAGUGCAACCAACAACUACACCAACAAUGGCCACAACUGAAGAACCAACUACUACGCUGACGUCAACAGUGCAACAAACAACUACACCAACAAUUACUACAACUGAAGGAUCAACUACUACACUGACGUCAACAGUGCAGCCAACAACUACUCUAACGGUUACCACAACCGAAGAACCAACUACUACGCUUACGUCAACAGUGCAGCCAACAACUACACCAACAGUUACUACAGCCGAAGAACCAACUACUACGCUGACGUCAACAGUGGAGCCAACAACUACACCAACAAUUACCACAACUGAAGGACCAACUACUACACUAACGUCAACAGUUCAACCAACAACUACACCAAAAGUAAUCACAACUGAAGAAUCAACUACUGUGCUCACGUCAACAGUGCAACCAACAACUACACCAACAGUGACAACAACUGACGAAAAAACUACUACGCUGACGUCAACAGUCCAGCCAACAACUACACCAACAGUUACCACAACUGAAGAACCAACUACUACGCUGACGUCAACAGUCCAGCCAACAACUACACCAACAGUGACCACAAUUGAAGGACCAACUACUACGCUCACGUCAACAAUGCAACCAACAACUACACCAACAAUGGCCACAACUGAAGAACCAACUACUACGCUGACGUCAACAGUGCAACCAACAACUACACCAACAAUUACCACAACUGAAGGACCAACUACUACACUGACGUCAACAGUGCAGCCAACAACUACUCUAACGGUUACCACAACCGAAGAACCAACUACUACGCUCACGUCAACAGUGCAGCCAACCACUACACCAACAGUUACUACAGCCGAAGAACCAACUACUACGCUUACGUCAACAGUGCAGCCAACCACUACACCAACAAUUACUACAACUGAAGGACCAACUACUACACUGACGUCAACAGUUCAACCAACAACUCCACCAACAGUAAUCACAACUGAAGAAUCAACUACUAUGCUCACGUCAACAGUUCAACCAACAACUACACCAACAGUGACAACAACUGACGAACCAACUACUACGCUGACGUCAACAGUCCAGCCAACAACUACACCAACAGUUACCACAACUGAAGAACCAACUACUACGCUGACGUCAACAGUCCAGCCAACGACUACACCAACAGUUACCACAACUGAAGGAUCAACUACUACGCUCACGUCAACAGUCCAGCCAACAACUACACCAACAAUUUCCACAACUGAAGAAUCAACUACUACGCUCACGUCAACAGUUCAACCAACAACUACACCAACAGUGACAUCAACUGAAGAACCAACUACUACGCUUACGUCAACAGUGCAGCCAACAACUACACCAACAGUGACCACAACUGAAGAACCAACUACUACGCUGACGUCAACAGUGCAACCAACAACUACACCAACAAUGGCCACAACUAAAGAACCAACUACUACGCUCACGUCAACAGUUCAAACAACAACUACACCAACAAUUACCACAACUGAAGGACCAACUACUACACUGACGUCAACAGUGCAACCAACAACUACACCAACAGUAAUCACAACUGAAGAAUCAACUACUACGCUCACGUCAACAGUCCAGCCAACAACUACACCAACAAUUUCCACAACUGAAGAAUCAACUACUACGCUGACGUCAACAUUUCAGCCAACAACUACACCAACAGUUACCACAACUGAAGAACCAACUACUACGCUGACGUCAACAGUCCAUCCAACAACUACGCCAACAGUUACCUCAACUGAAGAAUCAACUACUACGCUCACGUCAACAGUUCAACCAACAACUACACCAACAAUUACCACAACUGAAGGACCAACUACUACACUGACGUCAACAGUGCAACCAACAACUACACCAACAGUAAUCACAACUGAAGAAUCAACUACUAUGCUCACGUCAACAGUUCAACCAACAACUACACCAACAGUGACAACAACUGAAGAACCAACUACUACGCUCAAGUCAACAGUGCAGCCAACAACUACACCAACAGUGACCACAACUGAAGAACCAACUACUACGCUCACGUCAACAGUGCAACCAACAACUACACCAGCAAUGGCCACAACUAAAGAACCAACUACUACGCUCACGUCAACAGUUCAACCAACAACUACACCAACAAUUACCACAGCUGAAAAAUCAACUACUACGCUCACGUCAACACUGCAGCCAACAACUACACCAACAGUUACCACAACCGAAGCACCAACUACUACUCUCACGUCAACAGUGCAGCCAACAACUUCACCAACAGUUACCACAACUGCAGAACCAACUACUACGCUCACGUCAAUAGUGCAGCCAACAACUACACCAACAGUGACCACAACUGAAGGACCAACUACUACGCUGAAGUCAACAGUGCAGCCAACAACUACACCAACAGUUACCAGAGCUGAAAAACCAACUACUACGCUCACGUCAACACUGCAGCCGACAACUACACCAACAGUUACCACAACCGAAGCACCAACUACUACGCUCACGUCAAUAGUGCAGCCAACAUCUACACCAACAGUUACCACAACUGAAGGACCAACUACUACGCUGACGUCAACAGUGCAGCCAACAACUACACCAACAGUAAUCACAACUGAAGAACCAAUUACUACGCUCACGUCAACAGUCCAGCCAACAACUACACCAACAAUUACCACAACCGAAGAACCAACUACUACGCUCACGCCAACAGUGCAGCCAACAACUACACUAACGGUUACCACAACCGAAGAACCAACUACUACGCUCACGUCAACAGUGCAGCCAACAACUACAUUAACGGUUACCACAACUGAAGAACCAACUACUACGCUCACGUCAACAGUGCAGCCAACAACUACCCCAACAUUUAUCACAACUGAAAAACCAACUACUACGCUUACGUCAACAGUGCAGCCAACAACUACACCAACAGUUACUACAGCCGAAGAACCAACUACUACGCUUACGUCAGUGCAGCCAACAACUACACCAACAGUGACCACAACUGAAGAACCAACUACUACGCUGACGUCAACAGUGCAACCAACAACUACACCAACAAUUACCACAACUGAAAGACCAACUACUACACUGACGUCAACAGUGCAACCAACAACUACACCAACAGUAAUCACAACUGACGAACCAACUGCUACGCUCACGUCAACAGUUCAACCAACAACUACACCGACAGAAGGGCCACCUGAACCAUUUACAUGCGAAUUUGACUGCGACGUUUUUAAUUCCUUUGAUGGAAAUAGUUUUUACUUUAAAAUUUGUGAUAACAUCAUUACAAAAACAGUUGGAGAUGUACAUCCAUUUGAAGUGAUAGUUCGUCGACCGCUGGGUGAUAGAGAUUCCUGUUGCCUUUGUGACUUUGAACUGGAAGUGAAUAUGGAUCGGUAUUCAAUUGUCGUCUAUACUGUCGAUAGUCACGUUUUAAGUGUAAAUUCUACACCUGUCAGUCUCGGUCAGCUUCAAGCAUUUAGUCAGACUAUAAAAGCGGAAUCCGGAAUGACUAUAAAAAUGACUGGCAAGACUGUUGUGAUCGAGUCUGAUAUUGGUAUCACUAUAAAGUGGAAAGAUAACAGACUACUGCAUAUAAACGUAGCUAGAGAACUUGAGGGUGCACUAAAUGGACUGUGUGGUAUACCUAAUGACGAUCCAGAAGAUGAUGUUCCACCCAGCAUUUUUCAGCCAGCUUGCAAUUGCAGCGAUUCUGAAUGUCGUAACUGUUCUACAAUUUACCCUAACUUACCAAAUAUAUGCGACAGUCUAUGGGAGCUUGGAUUUUCUCGUUGUGAACAGUUUGUGAAUAUCAGCAAAUAUGUAGACAUGUGUAAAGAACAUAUUUGCGAUUGUGUUGAGAAGGCAUACAUGAAAGAUGAAGAUCUGGUUUUCGAUGACGUAACCAAUACAUGUGCUUGUGAAAUAUUUGAAAACUUCAUGUACGAAUGUAACAAUCACCCAGAAAAUCCGACUUGUUUUGAUUGGCGAACUCCGGAACUUUGUUCUGGCAAUGUAUGUCCCAAUGACCAAAUAUGGAAGGAAUGCGGCAGUACCUGUGAGUGGACAUGUGAUGAGAGGGGAAAUCAAGUGGAGGAUUGCAAUACAGGUAGUUCACCUGGAUGCUACUGUCCAUCAGACAAAGUGAAGCUUGGAGACGAAUGUGUAGAUAGAGAAGAAUGCAAAGAUUGUAUCUGUGUUGGUUAUGGUGAUCCACAUUACUAUACAUUUGACACGUUCUACUACCCCUUCCAAGGAGAGUGCACCUAUGUACUGUCACGUGACUCAUCAUCAAAUAGGGACUAUGAAAUAUACGCGUCAAAUGAGAUUUGCAUAAACGCACCAACUACUACCUGUACAUACGAGAUGACAGUGUUCUAUAAUAAUCACAGUGUUGCUGUAACUCGUGAGAGAAAGAUCUCUGUAGAUGGGGAUGAUUGGAUAAUAGUGCCGCCUAAAUAUACAGGAUAUGGAUUCGUAGUAGAACCAAAAGGUGUCUUCCAAAUCUAUGUGAGCAUUCCAGCUAUCAACCUUGAGUUAAUGUACGACUAUAUCAGUGAUUCCUUUAUACUGACUGUGCCUUCCAGUCGAUACUUCAACCAGACAGAGGGAUUGUGUGGAAUCUGUAAUAAAGAUCCAUCGGAUGAUUUGACAAUGCCGAAUGGCACAAUGACCAACAACACCGACGAGUUUGGAUUUAGCUGGCUUGUUGAUCGGAACUGCACUAAUCCUCCUGGUGAAACUUGUACAGUUGGUGAUGAGCAACCGGAAAUUUGUGAUGUACUAUAUCGGCCGCCAUUUUCAAAUUGUAGCAUUUUUGUAGAAACUAGUCCAUUUCAUAACGCAUGUGUUUUUGACACCGUGUGUGGAGAGGGGCCAUGUGAUACACUGGAUACCUAUGCUAGACUGUGCAACGAACAAGGAGGGUUAUGUAUCGAAUGGCGAGAAGAAGUGGAUAUAUGCCCAUAUCCCGAAUGCGAUGAAUUAAUGGAAUACAAGGCGUGUCAUGAAGGUUGUCAGGUUUUGGGCUGCGAUGAAUGGCUCGAACGAGGUGGUGAGCAAGUCACGUGUAAAAAUUUAGAGCUAGAUGGUUGCUAUUGUCCAGAUGGACUCAUCAUGAACAGCACAGGACACUGUAUCAGCCCGGAAAUUUGCUCAUUUUGUGAAUAUGAUGGAAAAAAGUACGAGACAGAUGAUAGUUGGCGGAUCAACGAAUGUGAAACAGGAAGAUGCGUUAACAGAACUGUUGUCAUAAGUACCACAGUAUGCCCAACGCCACCUUCAUGUCAAUCAGACGAGCGGCUGGUAUCAACGGUUGUCGACGGAGAUUGCUGUUUGAAAUAUGAAUGUGUCUGUUACUGUGCAGCUAUUAUAGCACCAACGUGUCCAUUUGGUUAUGAAGAAUCAAUCACCCUCUCUGAAACACAUUGUGGUUGUCCACAUGCCACUUGUGUUCCAAGAGAAGUCUGCUUGUACAAUUCAACCAUUAUAUUAGAGCCAGGUGAAGCCAUUGAAGUUGACUAUUGUACAACGUGUACAUGCUUAGAGGAUUCGCCUGUCCCUGGGAACUUCUAUAGAUACGAUUGCAAUACACUGGGCUGUUCUAACUGUUCUGAGGGCUAUGUUUCUGUGCCUAAGGAAGGAGUUUGCUGCGGCGAGUGCAAACAAAAAUACUGUAUGGAUCCUGAAGGCAAUUACAAAAGUACUGGUGACACAUGGUCACCAACGCCAUGUGACACUUGUACAUGUGUUGAAAAUGGUGACGAGGUGAAGGAGAGUUGUGUCACUACAGCAUGUCCGCCUUUCAAUGAAUCUGCCUGUAUUGAACCAGAGUCGGUCAUCAAACUGGAUCCCUCCGGAUGCUGUCACAUUUGUGUUCCAGGAAGCUGUAAGAAAGUAGUGAAGCAAGAAGCCCUCCGUGUUGGUAACUGCAGCAGUAAUUCAACAAUUGAUCAAAGCUUUUGCGAGGGACGUUGUGAUUCGUCAGCUCAGUACGACCACACACUUGGAAUAGUUAAAAAUGAUUGCCACUGCUGUCAAUUCAAUGACCAUGAAACUAUGGAAGUCCGGAUGACUUGUGACGAUGGCAGCGAGUAUUUCCAGACACAUAUUUACGCCAAGUCGUGUGGCUGCAAUGAGUGCCUUGACAAUGGCGUUGGCUUAGAAAAGUAAUUUAACCGGGUUACCGAUAAUGUUAAAAACUUUAAAAUUGAUCUUUUAUAGACUUAGCUAUAAUUUUAUUACUAAAUUAUCUUGAUUCACAACAAAAGUGCAUCUAUAGUGUGUAUUUAGAGGCCAAUCACACUGCUAUCCAAAACAUUAAAUUAAACAAUCAAUUCAUGAAAUUGUUAGGAAUGAUAGUGCAGGUAAUGUACAUUCAAGUAUUUGUUCUCAAUAAAAUAAGAUUAACUUAUUUAUAUCUAGAAUUCUGGAAUUGGCCUGUGAUUUUCCGUCCUCUAUUGAAAAAAAAAAUUAUUUUGAAGCUUAAUUUCUUUCAACGUUAAUAAGCAUGUAAUUCUGUCUGGUUAUAAAGAGAUUGCUAAUAAAGCAUAGUAGUAAACUGCAA